AUGUUCGGAAUUAGUUCGAGGAUGAUGUUAUGUGGAGAGAAAAUAAGUGAUUAUGAUAUGAUCGAGAAAACUCUCUCCACGUUACAUCGUGAAAAUGUAAUCCUGCAGAAACAGUACCGGGUGAAUGGAUAUACCCGUUAUUCGGAGUUGAUGCAAGUCCUCCUUGUAGCGGAACAGAAUAAUCAACUCGUGACUUUAAACCAUCAAGCUCGUCCCACUGGAUCUGCUCCAUUCCCUGAAACGAAUGUUGCAACAUCCAGUUAUGAUAAUAGGAGAGGACGAGGUCGUGGACGUAGUGGAAACCGUUAUCAUGGUCGUGGAAGAGGACGAGGAAGAAGAUUCCGUCCCUAUGAUGAAAUAAAUAAUAAAGACUUCCACGAAAAUGAAAGGAAUGAAAACGGCCAGGAUGAUAAAAGGCAAACAGGAAAGGUUUGCUACAGAUGCGGCAUGAAAAGUCAUUGGGUACAUACCUGUCGUACACCAAAACAUUUAGCCGAUCUGUAUAGAGAAUCCCAAAAGGGAAAAGAGAAAGGAAGAGGUGAAACUAACUUCAUCUCUGAUGAACCUGGGCCAUCCUUUCAUGGUUUAAACGAUGAUACUCAUCUCGACGUAUCAGACUUUCUGGUUGAACCAGAGAGUAUCGAUGAGUGA